AUGACCUUCAGCACCCAAAGAGCCUCUACAUCUUGUACUUCCGCUGAAUCGGCUCCUCCAUAUUGGAAGCAUGAUGUGUUUUUGAGUUUCAGGGGAAAGAACACUCUCAGGGGUUUUAUAUCUCAUUUAUACCACGAACUGCAGUACUGGCAAGCAAUAAAAACUUUCAAGGACGACCAAGACCUUGAAAUAGGAGCAAGUAUUUCUCUGGAGCUCUUGCCAUCAUUGUUCUCUCCCCAAAAUACGCUUCUUCCACCUGGUGCUUGGAUGAACUUUCAAAGAUUCUUGAAUGCAUGA